CGUGUUGCUGGGCAGAGAAGAAAGGACAACAGCGGGACGAAGUGGCAGCUUCGCGUCAGGAGCUUUUCGUCCCGCGGCUGAAGCGAAGGUGACUGUGGACCUUCCUCCACAUUACACUUUGGUUCAUUUUGCCCUGUGACAGGGAAAGGCAGCAGGAGGAUGGCAGCUGACUGUGAGGCCUGGCUCAACUCCAACCCUGUGGAGGCAGAUGACUUGAGUGACUCCUUCCUUUCUGGUGACGAGAAAGGGGGCACCGGCCAUGUCGACAACGAGAUCAAUGGCAACUGGAUCUCACCGCCCACGAUCCAUGAGGCCCGGGUCAAGGCUAAGGCCAAGCGCAGGAUCAGGAAGAAUUCUUCCAGGGACUCGGGCCGGGGAGACUCCCUGAGUGACAAUGGGGACAGCAUCCGCGGCGUGCAGGUCCCUCCAAGCAGCCCGAAGGGCAAACUGCUGGACAGGAAGUCCCGACUGGGCAAAGGGAGGGGCCUCCCCAAAAAGGGUGGCGCAGGAGGCAAAGGUGUGUGGGGCCACCCAGGUGAGGUCUACGACCUGGAAGAGAUUGAUGUCAGAGACCCCAAUUAUGAUGAAGAUCAGGAGAACUGUGUGUACGAAACAGUCGUCCUCCCUUUGGAUGAGCAGGACUUUGAGAAAACGGUUACCCCGAUUGUGCAGGAGUACUUUGAACACGGAGACACAAAUGAAGUGGCAGAGCUGCUCGGUGACCUCAACCUGGGCCCCAUGCGGAGCAGCGUACCCAAGCUGGCCGUCUCCCUAGCCCUGGAGGCCAAGGCGAGCCAGCGUGAGCUCACCUCCCACCUGCUGACAGAGCUCUGCGGCCGGGUUCUGACCCUCGCCGACGUGGAGGAGGCCUUUGACCAGCUGCUGAAGGAGCUGCCCGAUCUCGUGCUGGACACGCCCGGAGCACCCCAGCUUGUUGGCCAGUUUAUUGCCCGUGCCGUUGGGGACCAGAUCCUGUCCAAAAGCUACAUUGACAGCUACAAAGGAAAAGUGAACUGUGAACAUGCAAGGGCAGCUCUGGACAGGGCAGCAGUGCUGCUCAAAAUGAACAGCGGCGGCUCAUGCAGAGAGAACCUUUGGGGAACGGGAGGUGGCCAGCGUCCUGUCACGCAGCUCAUCAAAGAAGUGAGCCUUUUGCUGAAGGAGUACGUGCUUUCAGGUGAUGCAGCGGAGGCUGAGCGGUGUCUCCGAGAGCUCGAAGUGCCGCAUUUCCAUCACGAGCUUGUCUAUGAGGCGAUAGUCAUGGUCUUGGAGUCGAAAGGGGAGAAGAUCUCGGAAAUGAUUCUGCAGUUGUUCAAGUCACUGUGGGAAUCCUCUGUUAUUACCGUGGACCAAACAAGAAGGGGCUUUGAAAGAGUUUACAGCGACAUUGCUGAAAUUAACAUUGAUGUGCCCUGCGCUUACUCUGCACUCGAGCAGUUUGUUGAAAAGUGCUUCACCGGCGGGGUUAUUGAUAAAAAGCUGAGGGACAUGUGUCCUUGUCGCGGUCGCAAGAGGUUUGUCAGUGAAGGUGAUGGUGGGCGCCUCAAACUGGACACUUGCUGAGCAUGAACUGGAGGUAUCGUCUGUGCCAGAGUGGUCCAGGAUAAUUCGUACACUUCGUACCCGUGUUCAUGGUUUAAGCAUCAAGCUUUUCUUUCCCGCUGUAAUGAAUGUGAAAGGAAUAAAGGGUGGGGAGGGGAGUGCGGGUGAAGUAUAUGGCACUUUCUUAGGGCUAAAAAAAAACACCUGUGCGGUGUUGUGGGAAUAAGCUAAAUGUGCAAGUGCCACGCCGGUCGAUGACGUUCUCAUUCCAUGUUUCUGUAAGUUUGGAUUCACUGCCACUCUGUUUUCUAGGCAGCAGUGUUUGUACCAGAACCACAGGUUUCUCUCUCCAGCUUUAUAUCAAAGGGGGCAUUCUUUGUCACCAGUUCCUCCCAGUUGGCUGCUAUUCCUAUGCUGUGCUUGAAUAUAUAUAUAAUACAUAUAUAUUCUUUUCAAAGACUAAACUGAAGGUAACAGUUCUGUAAAAUGGGGUUUAGAAUGUUUUAUUUUUUUAUACUGGUUAGUGAAGUGUUUCCAGACUUGCUUGGAGUUCAUGUUUACAAUAAACUGGAAAAAAGCAGAAAUGUCCUUGCCAUGAUGUCAAUGGUUGAUAUGAUUAAAGGUUCCUUCUAAUA